CCCUAGCCAGCUACUCUGGUGGGUUAAAGGCUGCGUCUGACAGGGCUAGCUUGGUUAGGCCUCGCCAUGUCUUUUCAGAGUACUCUCAGCCUGUCUCUGGACAGCCCCACCCAUGCUAUCUGCAUGGUGGGUAUGGAAAUCACCUUGGACAUCAGUGGGUGCGCCCCAGAUAAGUGUGAGUCCUUCACCAUCCGUGGCUCCCCCAGGGUCUUGAUCCACAUCUCCAGCUCCGUCAUUACCGGGAAGGAGGAUGCUGUGGUCUGGCGGCCAAUGAAACAACCCACAGAGGCACUGGUGAGGAUGGUGUCACCCAGCCCCACUGUGGACGAAGACAAGGUGCUGGUCUCCUACUACUGUCCUGACAAAGAGGUCCCCACGGCCACAGCUGUGCUGUUCCUCACUGGUAUUGAGGUCUCCCUGGAGGCAGACAUCUAUCGGGAUGGACAACUGGACAUGCCAAGUGAUAAACAAGCUAAGAAAAGAUGGAUGUGGGGUCUGAACGGCUGGGGAGCCAUCCUGCUCGUGAAUUGUAAUCCUGAAACCCCAAGCCAGUCUGAUGAGCAGUCCGGGGCUCAGGAGAGCCCCAGAGAAAUACAGAACCUGUCUCAGAUGACGCUAACUGUGGAGGGCCCCACCAGCAUCCUUCGGGACUACCAGUUGCUUCUACAUACCUCCAAGGAAGAGGCGAAGAAGACAAGAGUCUACUGGGCUCACAGUACCACCUCUGCCUAUGAAGGCGCCUCUGCCUAUGAACUGGUAGUAGGACCUGACAAACCUUUCCACAUCCUGCCUACCUUUGACACCCGUGGGAAAGAGACUUUCUACAUAGAAGCCACAGAGUUCCCAUCUCCCAGCUUCUCUGGCCUGAUCUCCUUCUCGGUCUCCCUAAUAGAACAGGCUCAUGACCAGUUGAUCCCAGAGACCCCGCUAUAUAAGGAUACAGUGAUGUUCCGGGUGGCACCUUACAUCUUCCUGCCCAGUACCCAGCUGCCUCUAGAGGUUUACCUGUGCCGGGAGCUACAGCUGCAAGGCUUUGUGGACUCCGUGACAAAGCUGAGUGAGAAGAGCAACGUGCAGGUGGCAUCCGUCUAUGAGGACCCCAACCGCCAGGGCAGGUGGCUACAGGACGAGAUGGCUUUCUGCUAUACGCAGGCUCCUCACAAGACUCUGUCCUUCAUCCUUGACACCCCGAGGGUUGCCAAGCUGGAAGAUUUCCCCAUGAAAUACUCACUGAGCCCUGGCGUUGGCUACCUGAUCCAAGAAACUGAGGACCACCGGGUGGCUAGCCUGGAUUCCGUCGGGAACCUGAUUGUAUCCCCGCCUGUCAAGGCUCAGGGCAAAGACUACCCACUAGGAAGGAUUCUCAUUGGUGGCAGCUUUUACCCCAGCUUUGAGGGCCGGGACAUGAGCAAGGCCCUACGAGACUUCGUGUACGCCCAACAGGUGCAGGCCCCUGUGGAGCUCUUCUCGGAUUGGCUGAUGACCGGUCACGUGGAUCAGUUCCUAUGCUUUGUCCCUGUCGAUGAUAAGAACAGUGACAGGAAGGGCUUCCGCCUGCUGCUGGCCAGUCCCAGUGCCUGCUAUGAGCUCUUUGAACAGAAGCAGAAGGAGGGCUUUGGGGACGUGACGCUGUUCGAAGAUGUCAGAGCAGAACAGCUCAUUUCUAAUGGGAGGGAGGUCAAAACCAUCUCCCAAAUCCUGGCUGAUGAGAAUUUGCGAGAGCAGAACGCCUAUGUGGAGAAGUGCAUCAGCCUGAACCGCACCCUUCUGAAGAAGGAACUGGGACUGGUGGACAAUGACUUCAUCAGGAUCCCACAGCUCUUCUGCCUGGAGCCGCUGACAAACGUCCCCUCCAACCAGCAGACCUCAAAACUCUUUGCAAGGCCUUACUUCCCCGACAUGCUGCAGAUGAUCGUGCUAGGCAAGAACAUUGGGAUCCCCAAGCCCUUCGGGCCCCAAAUCAAGGGCACCUGCUGCCUGGAAGAGACGGUCUGUGGCUUACUGGAGCCCCUGGGUCUCAAGUGCACCUUCAUUGAUGACUUUGACUGCUACUUGGCCAACAUAGGGGACGCCUGUGCCAGUGUCAUCGUAAACCGGGUGCCAUUUGCAUUCAAGUGGUGGAAGAUGAACCCAUAAAUCCUGGGCCCCAGAGCUGCCCAUCUGCCCCGGAGCGGAUGGCCUUUACCAUAGAGCCGGAGUGGUGUGUGAGCAUUGUUGUUGGCCACUGGGUUGAAGGGACAGAGAGCUGGGGAGAUAGGGUCUCUCAGACCUACCAGUUUGACACCUCUGGGGGGGGGGGUGGGGAAGGGGGAAGGAAAAGCUAUAUGUAACCAAAGUAUAGAGCCAAUAAACUAUGGUGUUCUGAGUGCAUCUCAGGGGAAGCUGGUUUACUUGGCAGAAGGGGCUGCUGAGGAAGCUUGCCCCAUCCUGCAGAUGACUGGGGCCCUGAGUCAACAUUCUUCUGAAUUUAUAACGGGAAGUCUCGCCGAACUUAAAAUGGCUUUGGGUUUGAAGCGGCUAUGCUACACUCCAGGCUGGAGGAGGGGAGGGGCUGACCCCAGCGUCCCUACAGACAGGGUCUAAGCAGAGGUGGCAGUCUGGUCUCCUUGAUCUGUCACGUGACAGCACGGACAAAGAUAACCGGGUAAGCUGCUGCUAGUUCUCAAAGCCUGCAGUCUUCCACUCUAGCAGGUGUCUGGUCUCCUGCCUGUGUCAAGGGCAGGUGCUGGUAACGGUAGAGUGCUUCUAGGAUCUAGUGCAUCUAUAGGGUACCCACUGCCCCCGGGCAAACCUGAAAACGGUGACUCUCAUCCUAUGAAUCGGGUAGAGCGGGGUCUGGAGCCAGUAAUGCCACUCACCACACCGCCACGCCCCUAAGGAUUGUAGGUAGCAGGGGGCAUCUGCAUGUGGCCAUGCAGUCUGAUGGAGCACGGGGUGAAGGGCUCACCCCAAGCUGUCCUGCACAAGUUUCCUGCCCUGCAUCCCUACGCCACAACACUGAACAGUGGCCUAGGGGAGCCAUUUGGUGACUUCGAGCUACUCCGCAGAGCGCCCUGUUCAGGGAUAGGUGUGGGUUUGAUGUGCCAGCUAUUCUGACCUCCGUGGCAUGCAGUUUCUUGCUCAUUUGUACCCAAGAGUUUAUAGUUGAUGGGUGCAGAGAACUUUGUGGCUGU